AUGAAGGUCAUCAUCGGUGUCGGAGGCAUGACCAACGGCGGCAAGACCACACUGACCAACAGCCUCCUCAAGUCGCUGCCCAACUGCUGUGUGAUCCACCAGGAUGACUUCUUCAAGCCCCAAGACCAAAUAGCGGUUGGGGAGGACGGCUUCAAACAGUGGGACGUGCUGGAGUCGCUGGACAUGGAGGCCAUGCUGAGCACGGUGCAAGCCUGGGCUAGGAACCCCCGCAAGUUCGCCCACGCCCACGGGGUCAGUGUGCACCCCGACGCCUCAGACACCCACAUCCUCAUCCUGGAAGGCUUCCUGCUCUACAGCUACAAGCCCCUGGUGGACUUGUACAGCCGCAAGUACUUCCUGACAGUCCCAUAUGAGGAGUGCAAGAGGAGGAGGAGCACCCGCAACUACGUGGUCCCAGACCCUCCAGGCCUCUUUGAUGGCCACGUGUGGCCCAUGUACCAGAAGUACAAACGCGAGAUGGAGGCUAAUGGCGUGGAAGUGGUGCACCUGGACGGCACGAGGUCUCGGGAGGAGCUGUUCCAUCAAGUCCUGGAAGACAUUCAGAAUUCACUCCUAAACCACUCCUAG